AGGGUGAGGUCAGGGCAGAGAGUGGGGGUGGUGCAGGAGUCAGGGCAGAGGGCAUAGGGAUGUAGGAGACUCAAGGAAGGGGACUAGCGGGAGCUUGGGGCUGGGAGUGCAGCCACGGUGCUGCCUAACCAUAGAGCCCCAGGCACAGAGCCCUGUGUGCAGGUCCUGUAUCUGGGACUCUGUGUGUGGGGCUGGAAGCAGAGCCCCUGACAUGGGUCCUGUAUCCAGGACCCUGGGUAUCCAUGGGUCCUUUCUCCAUAGGGAGAAGAGCCCCAGACAGGCAUGAAGUCAGGUGCAGAGCCCCAGGUGUGGGGCCAUUGGCAGCUGGCACCCCAUGUGAAAACAGCAGGUGCUGCAGCACCCUUUGUACCGUGGAGAUGUGAAUGGCUGACCAGAUAACUGAUGGAGAAUCCCAUGAGCCGUUUUUGUACCCAGUCAUGUGACAAUUUGGUAGUCGGUAUUGUGGAGGACAGUUUCCUGUAUUUUGCUUAUGGCAGUAACCUGUUGCAGGAGAGGAUCCGGCUUAAAAAUCCAUCUGCCGUUUUCUGUUUCAUAGCCAUUUUGCAGGAUUUUAAACUCAUUUUUGGCCAUCAUCAAGGCAAAGCAACUUCUUACUGGCAUGGAGGUGUAGCUACCAUUGUUCAAAGCCCUGGAGACGAAGUGUGGGGAGUAGUGUGGAAAAUGAACACUAGCCAUUUAAAUUCUCUGGAUAAGCAAGAAGGGGUUGAAGAUGGUUUUUAUGUUCCAAUAGAAGUUUCCGUUCGCACGCAAGAGGGAAAAGUGUUGACCUGUCGAAGCUAUCAGAUGACUGAUUACAUCUGUGAUCUCCCAUCACCACAGUAUAAAAAAGUCAUCUGCAUGGGUGCAAAACAGAAUGGCUUGCCAGCUGCCUAUCAGAAGAAAUUAGAAGCUAUAGAGACUAACAACUAUGCAGGGCCAGUGUCAAUCUUUGAAGAAAUUGAAGCUGCUAUUAUGGAGAAGGAAACAACAACUCAGUAGAAAAGUUCUUCCCAAAAUAUUUCCAUUUCCACUUCCUUGCCUGUGAUUUAUUUGUAUUGCUUAUAUUAUACAGGUGAUCAAAUUAGGUUAUCUCAGUGGUCCUUUCUGGUCUUGGAAUGUAUGGAUUUUUCAUUUUGAUUUAGGCAUUUUUUAGGCAUCUUUCUUCUUAAUAUGCUGAUUAGCAAUAAUUUCUUUGAUAAAGAAUGGUGAACUUGUCAUAUGCUGAUUAGCAAUAAUUUCUUUCUUUGAUAAAGAAUGGUGAACUUGUCAUGUUUUAAUUCAACAAGAUAUUGGAUUUGAUGUGCAAUUUAAGGCUCUGAUCUUGCAAAGAUCAGUGUACAUUAACUGUGUGUACCAUGUUUAAAGUUAAGUGCAUGUGUAAAUCUUUGCAAAGUUGA